AUGGUUGUGUGGACAGAGCUGAAAGAGGAGGGAGCUCUGACCGCGUUUCGCAAGACCUACGACAAGACCGUGGCGCUGGGACACCGCCUGGAUAUCGUGUUCUAUCUCCUAAGGAUCGGCCUGUUUUACAUGGAUAACGACCUCAUCACGCGGAACAUCGAAAAAGCAAAAAGUCUCAUAGAAGAAGGGGGAGACUGGGACAGGAGAAAUCGCCUAAAGGUCUACCAGGGUCUUUACUGCGUGGCUAUUCGAGAUUUCAAACAAGCAGCAGAGCUCUUUCUUGAUACAGUUUCAACGUUCACAUCCUAUGAACUUAUGGAUUACAAAACAUUUGUAACCUACACCGUCUAUGUCAGCAUGAUUGCAUUAGACAGGCCCGACCUUAGGGAGAAGGUUAUCAAAGGAGCAGAGAUUCUGGAAGUUCUGCACAGCUUGCCGGCCGUCCGGCAGUACCUCUUCUCUCUCUACGAGUGCCGUUACGCAGCCUUCUUCCAGUCGCUAGCUAUUGUAGAACAAGAGAUGAAAAAAGACUGGCUGUUUGCACCUCACUACCGAUACUACGUCCGGGAAAUGAGGAUUCACGCGUACAGCCAGCUCCUGGAGUCCUACCGCUCCCUGACACUAGGAUACAUGGCAGAAGCGUUUGGAGUCAGCGUAGAAUUUAUAGAUCAGGAGCUUUCAAGAUUUAUUGCAGCUGGGCGAUUGCACUGCAAAAUAGAUAAAGUAAAUGAGAUUGUAGAAACUAACAGACCGGAUAGCAAGAACUGGCAGUACCAAGAAACCAUCAAGAAAGGAGAUCUGCUGCUAAACAGAGUUCAGAAACUUUCCAGAGUAAUUAAUAUGUAAUUUUGUUUUUAAGCAAGGGAAGGGAAUGCAAAAUUUAGAUGUUUAAAAAAGUUUUGGAAGUAACCUAUAAAUAUAUUGUAUAACUUGUUAUACUGUAGGUAAGGAAAUUACUAGUGAGAGAAGUAGUGUUUUUACAGUCCACUUCAUUAUGUACAACAAUGUUCCAUUUUGGCAUAUGGAUCCCAGUUCAUUUAUUAAAUGUAUGAUACAGUUGAUGAUCUUUUGUA